UGAAAAAAACUGUUCAAAGCAGCCCCAUUGAAGUCAAUGGACGCUAGGCUUCAACGGGGAAAUGCACUGACUCUACGGGAGUGUAUGAGAAGGAAAUCGAGUCAGCCGACCUGCUAACAAGAACCACCUGAAGACUCCCUGUAAUGAGACCUCACCCUCACAAUGAGUCUCUUCACUGGGUUUGGCAAGUCUUUCCCUGUUCUUUGUGAAAAAGUGCCAGUUCCCAAGUAUGAUUACAUCACAUUUUAUUGGUGUAAUCUAUAGAUUGCCCCUGCUGACUAUAUCCAGUAUACUAUACUGACUAUACAGUAUACUAUACUGACUAUAACCCUAUAUAAAUUGAUGCAUAAUUUUUUCUCCUCUCCAUGUCAGUAGGGAAACCAUACAUUCACACUCCUUUCUGUGAGUAACUGGAGCACUCCCUUGCCGCACAGCCAACUAUAGUGGAGACUGUUCAAGGACAGCAUGCUUUAUAUGAUUGGCGUGGAGAGACUAAAAGUCACCGUGGGGCAGACAGUAGACAGAGGAACCAGACUGAGGACUCGGGAGGGCAAGAACCGUGGCUGAGCAGAGACUCACCAAAGUGCUGUGAACUUAUAUGAUUUGAAGGUGCCGGAGUGCACAACUUUUAUUUUGGUGAACAUAAAUAAAUUUUUCCCGAGCCUCAGUUACGCCGAAUCCGACUUCUUCCUUCCUUCAUCCGAACUUUGCUACACUGGUGCCGAAACCCGGGAAGGAAGAAGCCCGGCCGCCGCCAUCAUGCAGUCCCCGCCGAGCUCGCCGUUUGCGGAAGUCAUCCAAUCGCUCGCGGGCCUCCACCAAGAACACCAUCAGGCGCUGCUGGAGAUGCGGGACGAUCAGGAGCGCCGUUUCCGCUCCCUGAUGCAGGCCCAGCAGGAGGACCGCGAGCUGUUCCGGAGCUGGAUGGACCAGGAGGGACGGGCCGGGGGGCCGUCCUCAAGAAACUCCACCGGCCCCUCUCACCUGCCCCUAAAUAAAAUGGGGCCACAGGACGACCCAGAAGCUUUCCUUGAUUUGUUCGAGAAGUCGGCCGAGGCAUGUGGGUGGCCACAAGACCAAUGGCCGGUGCGUCUCAUACCUCUGCUGUCGGGGGAGGCCCAGGUGGCGGCCCAACAAUUGCCCGUCCAAAACCUCCUGGUCUUCACCGACCUCAAGCGAGCCAUCCUCCAGCGGGUCGGCUGGAGCCCAGAACAACAUCGCCAGCGGUUUCGGUCACUGGAGCUGGGCGAUAGUGGCCGGCCCUUCGUGCUCGCUCAACAGCUCCGGGACGCUUGCCGCAGAUGGCUGUUGGCCGGGGGAGGCGACGUCGAGCAGAUCCUCGACCGAGUGGUGCUGGAGCAGUUCAUCGGCCGUCUGCCGAGAAAGACGGCAGAGUGGGUCCAGUGCCACCGCCCGACGUCGCUAGACCUGGCCAUCCAAUUGGCGGAGGACCAGAUGGUGGCGUGCCCAGGAGUCGGCGAAUCCCUGCCAGCGGUUUCUCUCUCUCUCUCUCUUCCCCUAUUGUUUCCCCUCGUCCUGUCCCACUUCCCAGGUCCCGUCCGGGCAUUUCUCUUCGGGUCCCACCCCGGGGAAGGGGUGGGCUGCCUCAGAGGCCGUCGCUGGCACAAGGGUGCUGCCCAGGGGCGGGGCUAG